AUGGCUCUCCCCAAGGAAACAGAACGCCUGGUAGCAGAUCCGGCUCCAGGGAUUACCGCUGCUCCCCAUGAAGACAACUUGCGGUACUUUGAUGUGACGAUACAAGGUCCUGAUGGCAGCCCGUUCUCAAGCGGUGUCUUCCACCUCGAACUCUUUCUCCCCGAAGAGUACCCGAUGGCACCACCGAAGGUUCGGUUUCUGACAAAGAUAUAUCAUCCCAAUAUCGAUAAACUUGGUAGAAUUUGCUUAGACAUAUUGAAGGAUAAAUGGUCACCCGCCCUCCAAAUCCGGACCGUCUUACUCUCCAUCCAAGCCCUGCUGAGCGCACCUAACCCCGAUGACCCCCUCGCUACGGACGUGGCUAAGCACUACAAAGAGGACGAGAAAGACGCGCAGCGAGUGAGCCGAGAGUGGACGGAGAAGUAUGCCUCAGGUUAA